GAGUCAUUCAACAACACCCACAAAAUCAGGUAACAGAGUCAUUCAACAACACUCACUACAUCUGGUAGCAGAGUCAUUCAACAACACUCACAACAUCUGGUAGCAGAGUCAGUCAACAACACUCACAACAUCAGGUAACAGAGUCAUUCAACAACACCCACAACAUCUGGUAGCAGAGUCAUUCAACAACACCCACAACAUCUGGUAGCAGAGUCAUUCAACAACACUCACAACAUCUGGUAGCAGAGUCAUUCAACAACACCCACAACAUCUGGUAGCAGAGUCAUUCAACAACACCCACAACAUCUGGUAGCAGAAUCAUUCAACAACACCCACAAAAUCAGGUAACAGAGUCAUUCAACAACACCCACAACAUCUGGUAGCAGAGUCAUUCAACAACACCCACAACAUCUGGUAGCAGAGUCAUUGAACAACACCCACAAAAUCAGGUAACAGAGUCAGUCAACAACACCCACAACAUCUGGUAACUGAGUCCAAUAGGUUUUGUUAAUAGACGUGUUUUGGAGUGUGUGAAUCCAAUAGGUUUUGUUGAUAGCAGUGUUUUGGAGUGUGUGAAUCCAAUAGGUUUUGUUGAUAGCAGUGUUUUGGAGUGUGUGAAUCCAAUAGGUUUUGUUAAUAGCAGUGUUUUGGAUUGUGUGAAUCCAAUAGGUUUUUGUUAAUAGCAGUGUUUUGGAGUGUGUGAUCCAAUAGGUUUUGUUGAUAGCAGUGUUUUGGAGUGUGUGAAUCCAAUAGGUUUUGUUAAUAGCAGUGUUUUGGAUUGUGUGAAUCCAAUAGGUUUUGUUAAUAGCAGUGUUUUGGAGUGUGUGAAUCCAAUAGGUUUUGUUGAUAGCAGUGUUUUGGAGUGUGUGAAUCCAAUAGGUUUUGUUGAUAGCAGUGUUUUGGAGUGUGUGAAUCCAAUAGGUUUUGUUGAUAGCAGUGUUUUGGAUUGUGUGAAUCCAAUAGGUUUUGUUAAUAGCAGUGUUUUGGAGUGUGUGAAUCCAAUAGGUUUUGUUAAUAGCAGUGUUUUGGAGUGUGUGAAUCCAAUAGGUUUUGUUAAUAGCAGUGUUUUGGAUUGUGUGAAUCCAAUAGGUUUUGUUAAUAGCAGUGUUUUGGAGUGUGUGAAUCCAAUAGGUUUUGUUGAUAGCAGUGUUUUGGAGUGUGUGAAUCCAAUAGGUUUAGUUGAUAGCAGUGUUUUGGAGUGUGUGAAUCCAAUAGGUUUUUGUUAAUAGCAGUGUUUUGGAGUGUGUGAAUCCAAUAGGUUUUGUUGAUAGCAGUGUUUUGGAGUGUGUGAAUACAAUAGGUUUCGUUAAUAGCAGUGUUUUGGAGUGUGUGAAUCCAAUAGGUUUUGUUAAUAUCAGUGUUUUGGAGUGUGUGAAUCCAAUAGGUUUUGUUAAUAGCAGUGUUUUGGAGUGUGUGAAUCCAAUAGGUUUUGUUAAUAGCAGUGUUUUGGAGUGUGUGAAUCCAAUAGGUUUUCCUCUCCAAUCUCCAGGGAUGGACCAAUCUCUGUUCCUCAUCCUGUUGUUCUCAGGGCUGUCCAUCCUCCCCUCAUCCCUCCCUCAUCAGUUCCACUUUGUGAACAUGACAAAGACCUGGACUGAAGCUCAGCGUUUCUGCAGACAGAACUACACUGACCUGGCCACCAUAGACGACAUGGCAGAUAUGAAGAAGCUCAAUAGCACAGUAUCAGCUAGUUGGAGAGGAUCAGCCUGGAUAGGGCUGUAUAACAUAAUCUGGAGGUGGUCUCUGGGAGACAGAGAGUUAGAGGGGGAGGUGUUUUGGGAUGAUCAUCAUCCAAAUCAUGAUACUGAAACAUUUUGUGUGUAUAUGUUGCUAAAUGCGACUUGGCAAAAUUUUAACUGCAGUAAAACAUUUUAUUUUAUCUGCUAUGAUGAAAAAAAUGCGACCAAUAAGUACAUUCUCAUUGCUGAAUAUAAGACUUGGAGUGAUGCUCAGCUCUACUGUCAGGAGAAACACACAGACCUGGCCAGUGUGAGGAACACAACAGAGAGGGACGCCAUUAAGAGUAUCUUACCUAACGUCACUGAUAUCUACAGAAUGUGGAUUGGCCUGAAUAAAUCUUCUGGAGUCUGGAGGUGGUCUGACCAGAGUGGCUUCUCUUUCAAGAGCUGGGAAACAUACAAGGAGAACAAUGCAGAUGGGAGUUAUCAGAACGGAGAGUUCUGUGGUGAAGUUACUUUCCCUUCUGGAAAGUGGAAUUAUCAGGGUUGUACCAACAACACUCAUUUUAUCUGCUAUGACGAUGAACUGGUCCUGGUCACAGAGAACAAGACGUGGUCAGAAGCCCUGUGGCAUUGCAGAGACCUGGACAUGGAGCUGGUGUCUGCCCACAACCAGAGAAUCCAGCACUGGGUCCAACAGAGAGCCAAGAAGGCCUCCACUCCCUUCGUCUGGCUGGGCCUGAGGUACACCUGCACCCUGGACUUCUGGUUCUGGGUCAAUGGAGAAGAGUCCUGCUACCACAACUGGGCCGAUGGGGAGGGCUACAACACCAGCAAGGAGCAGUGUGGGAACACGGGGGCCAUUCAGAGAGACGGGGGACAGUGGGUCGGCAAGGCUGAGACUGAGAGAUUCAACUUCAUCUGCAGCAAAAGUGAUGAUUACUAGGACCAGACCCUGUUCUGUAGACCAGCUGAACCCUACAGCCAACAUUGUUCCAGACCCUGCUGUGUAGACCAGCUGAACCCUACAGUCCAGAAUGUUCCAGACCCUGCUCUGUAGACCAGCUGAAAACUACAGUCCAGAAUGUUCCAGAUAUACUCAGAUUUACAUCAUACAAGGUGAUGGAUACUCAUUAUUUUUUAAAUAUAUGUGUAUUUAUUUACAGAUAACUCCAGAAGUUUUGGGACAGUGACAAAUGUUUAGUUGUUUUGGCUCUGUACUCCAGCACUUUGGAUUUGAAAUGAUUCAGCUGUGAGUUUGAAGUGCAGACUGUCAGCUUUAAUUUGAGGGUUUUUCAUCCAUACUGAGUGUACCGUUACAGCUCUUACAGAACUUUUUGUACAUAGUCCCUCCCAUUUUAGGGGACCAAACAUAUCGAGACAAAUUUACUUACAGUAUGUGUGUAAUAAUGUAGUCAAAAGGUCAGUAUUUGGUCCCAUAUUCAUAGCACGCAAUUUUUACAUCUGGCUUGUGACUUUACAAACCUGUUGGAUGCAUUAGCUGUUUGUUUUGGUUGUUUCAGAUUAUUUUGUGCCCAAUGGAAAUGAAUAGUAAAUAAUGUACAGUGUCAUUGUGGAGUCACUUUUAUUGUAAAUAAGAAUAUAAUAUGUUUGUUUCGAAACACUUAUACAUUAAUGUGGAUGCAAACAUUAUUAUGGAAAUUCAAGAAUAAUGGUGAGCGAGAAAGUUACAGACACACAAAAUUACUGACUGUCUGCAAUUUAACCUCAUAGACAUUGUAUUAUUUAAGAUCCAAAGUGCUGGAGUACAGAGCCAGAAGACCACACAUAGUGUCACUGUCCCAAUACUGUUGGAUCUCACUGGAAAUAAAACAUAGAGCUACAUAGAGCUCACUGGAAAUAAACCAUAGAGCUACAUAGAUCUCACUGGAAAUAAAACAUAGAGCUACAUAGAGCUCACUGGAAAUAAAACAUAGAGCUACAUAGAGCUCACUGGAAAUAAAACAUAGAGCUACAUAGAGCUCACUGGAAAUAAACCAUAGAGCUAUGUAGAGCUCACUGGAAAAAACAUAGAGCUACAUAGAGCUCACUGGAAAUAAAACAUAGAGCUUCAUAGAGCUCACUGGAAAUAAAUUAUAGAGCUACAUAGAGCUCCCUGGAAAUAAAACAUAGAGCUACAUAGAGCUCACUGGAAAUAAAACAUAAGAGCUACAUAGAGCUCACUGGAAAUAAAACAUAAGAGCUACAUAGAGCUCACUGGAAAUAAAACAUAGAGCUACAUAGAGCUCAUUGGAAAUAAAACAUAGAGCUACAUAGAGCUCAUUGGAAAUAAAACAUAGAGCUCACUGGAAAUAAAACAUGGAGUUCACUGGAAAUAAAACAUAAAGCUACAUAGAGCUCACUGGAAAUAAAACAUGGAGCUACAUAGAGCUCAAAGGAAAUACAACAUAGACCUACAUAGAGCUAACUGGAAAUGAAACAUAGAGAUUCAUAGAUCUCACUAGAAAUAAAACAUAGAGCUUCAUUGAGCUCACUAGAAAUAAAACAGAGCUACAUAGAGCUCACUGGAAGUAAAACAUAGAGCUAUGUAGAGCUCACUGGAAAAAACAUAGAGCUACAUAGAGCUCACUGGAAAUAAAACAUAGAGCUAUGUAGAGCUCACUGGAAAUAAAACAUAGAGCUAUAUAGUGCUCACUAGAUUAUUGUGACAUGUUUUCAAUAUUUGUAUAUUAUAACAUGUGAAUUGAUUAUUAUUAUGUUGUGCUGUUGUUUUAUUACUGGUUGGUAACAAACCUACUUUAAUGUAGAAAAUAACUAGACUAACCUCUACCCUGCAAAUUGACUCGGUACAGGUACCCCCUGUAUAUAGCCUCGUAAUUGUUAUUUUUAUUGUGUUACUUUUUAUUUUACUAUUUUUGCUUUAGUUUAUUUAGUAUAUUUUUCCUUAACUCUAUCUUGAACUGAUAUUUGAUAUUAUAUAAGGAGAUGGAUACAGGAUUUUAUAAUAACAUAUUUUAUAUUAUACUCUUGUAAUGUAAUAAUAUCAUACCAUACUGUUGUUUCCAUAUUUACUUGCUAUACUUGUUGAUGUUAAUGAACGUUAAUGAAUGUUAAAGGUUAGCCUUUAGUUGUUCUCAAUAUUCAAUUGUUUUAUUUCUUUUCCAUUACAGCUUGCUUUUACUGUUUCCAGAGUAUAUUUCACUUAUUCAUUAUUUUAUCUAGACCAUUAAUUGCAUUCCAUUAUAGAAAUAUUUUACGUUUUUUUGAGUUGUUUUAAAUAUAUUGUACCAGCAGUCAUUUUUCUAUGAUACUAGUGUGUACCAUUUAAAUGACUGUAUCUGUU